CAUCCAUGUCUGGUUUCGACGCAAACCAUGUCUUCUCAGUAUCCGUGCGCGACCGGUCCAGCGCUCCCUCUACAGAAACGCCGUCGCAACUGGAGAAACUCCUUCUGGACUUUUUGUUACAGUAUAGGGUUGGAGAAGAAUUUGUCUACAGAGAUAAACUGCGCGCAAACUUGUUGUUGAAGCAAUAUCAACUUGAGGUGGACCUUCGCCAUCUCAGCUUGUAUAACGAUGAACUCGCCCAUGCCAUGCAAGAUAGGCCGGCGGACAUCCUGCCUUUGUUUGAAAAUGCGGCUACGAAGGCAGCUAGGACGAUACUAUUCCCGCUCGCCAGUGGCUCGGAUGACCGAGCGGAAGCUGCACUACAGGCCAUUCCCAGAAUUCAGAUCAUGAUGCAAUCCGGGUUGAACAUGCAACGAUUCCGUGAUCUAACAGCUGAUACUAUGAACAAACUUGUCCGCGUGCCUGGCAUCGUGAUAUCUGCUUCUGUACUGUCUUCCCGAGCCACCAAACUUCACCUUCAGUGCCGAGCAUGUAAAUCUACCAAGAUAAUAUACCCCCCUGGUGGACUUGGUGGGCUGGGGGGUGGAUCGGAUCGCGGCCUUCCUAGAACCUGUGACGCCCCCGAGCUAGAGAAUCAAAAGAAAGAUUGCCCUUUGGACCCUUAUAUGAUAAACCACAACAAGUCCGCCUUUGUAGAUCAGCAAACCCUUAAGCUUCAAGAGGCCCCAGAUAUGGUCCCUGUAGGAGAAUUACCUCGCCAUAUGCUACUUUCUGCGGACAGAUACCUCACUGGGAAGGUUGUCCCUGGUUCGCGUAUAAUUGCCACAGGAAUCUACUCAACAUUCAAUUCCUCACGCAACAAAUCUGCAGGCCCCGCUGCACUUCGACAGCCUUAUCUUCGCCUUGUACACAUUGAAAUGUCAUCACCGUCGGCUGGGGGCGCCUCAAAUCCAUUUGGGACCCAGUUUAGCCCGGAGGAGGAGGAAGAAUUUGCUGAAAUGGCGAGGAGCGACAACUUUUACGAACGAUUUGCGAAGAGUGUGGCCCCUAGUAUAUUUGGCUGCCUCGACAUCAAGAAAGCUAUCACUUGUUUGUUAUUUGGAGGCUCUAAAAAGGUCUUGCCUGAUGGCAUGCGUCUAAGAGGAGACAUCAACGUUCUUUUGUUGGGCGACCCCGGUACAGCAAAAAGUCAAUUACUAAAAUUUGUCGAGAAGGUCGCACCGAUUGCUGUAUAUACGUCAGGUAAGGGCUCAAGUGCGGCUGGUCUGACAGCCUCGGUCCAACGCGAUGCCAUUUCUCGUGAAUUUUAUUUAGAAGGCGGUGCCAUGGUGCUUGCCGACAACGGAGUAGUGUGUAUUGACGAGUUUGACAAGAUGCGCGAUGAGGAUAGAGUUGCAAUCCACGAAGCUAUGGAGCAGCAAACUAUCUCGAUUGCAAAGGCUGGUAUUACUACUGUGCUGAAUUCGCGGACAAGUGUUCUUGCUGCGGCAAAUCCUGUAUGGGGUCGCUACGACGAAGGGCGAAGUCCUGGCGAGAACAUCGACUUCCAAACCACGAUUUUGUCACGGUUCGACAUGAUCUUCAUUGUCAAGGAUGAACAUAAUGAACAACGGGACAGGAUGAUUGCUAAACACGUCAUGAACAUCCAUAUGAAUAGACCAAAUCAGAAUACCGACGAGAAUGGCGAGGCUGUGGGUGAAAUUGAUAUCGACAAAAUGAGGCGGUAUAUUGCCUACUGUAAGAAUAAAUGUGCACCCAGGAUUUCACCCGACGCUCAAGAGAUGCUGAGUAGCCAUUUCGUGAGCUUGCGAAAGCAGGUACAGCAAGUGGAGCGCGACAACGACGAACGGAGUUCUAUACCCAUUACAGUGCGCCAACUGGAAGCUAUCAUUCGUAUAUCCGAAUCUCUGGCCAAAAUUACACUUUCCACGGUUGUACAAAACUACCACGUGGAAGAGGCCAUACGACUUUUCAAGUUUUCGACCAUGGACGCUGUGUCAGCUGGUUCGGUGGAUGGCAUGUCACGCGGUGAACUCAAUGAAGAGAUGUCUCGAAUAGAGAAAGAACUUCGAAGACGGCUUCCCGUUGGGUGGAGCACGAGCUAUCAGAGCUUAGUCCGUGAGUUCGUGACGCAGCAGGGCUACUCGAGCCAUGCACUUGAACGCACUCUUUACAUUCUUGAGAAGCGGGAAAUUAUCAGAUACUCGAGUCAGAAAAAAGUCGUCCAUAGGGUUGGUGUAUGAAUGCUGAGGUUCCCUCAUGCUUUUUGUAUCUCGAAUAAACCGUAUUGUCGUGUAUUACAAAAUAUUGUAGAUUUCUGUGGUGAUCUGUGCUCAGCAAGAUACCUUGAAGGUUACCAAAG